AUGUCAUUUGUCAAAAAAAUCAAUACUGCACCAUAGCUAUACAAAUAGCAAAAAGGAGUGAGGCCAUAUGCUAACUAGCAAUACUGUGUAUCCUCAGGAAAUCCUUCAUUAGAUGCUUUGAUAGGCGGAGGAUUACCUAUUGGUAGCAUUGUUUUAUUGAUAGAGGAUUCUUACUCUCAUUAUUAUUCACAUUUCUUGAAAACCUACCUGGGAGAAGGAAUAGUUAAUGAACAUAAAUUGCUUAUCUUGGAUGCUGAUUAAUUUAGAGAGAGGGAUUGGUGGAUGAAAUUCCUUCCCGGUGUUAUCAAAAUGAAAGACCCUAAUGGUACAUCAAGUUCUACUUCUCAAUCGGCAUCAGCCUCAUCAUCUUAAUAUGAAGAAUCAAAGCAGGAAUAAUUAAAGGUUGCCUGGAGAUACAAUACACUUUUAGAGAAAAAUGCCUAAGACAGUUCUUAGACUUCAUAAAUAUCCUAUAAGUUUGACAACUCAAAAGAGAUGGGUAAUACCUACUCUAAUUCAAUGAGUUCAUAAUUGAAAAAAGACGAAAUGACUGUAUUUAUGAAAUAUGACUCUGCACAGACUAAUUAUAUUGAUUUGUGGGAAUAGAUUUGUGAAUAGGUCUAGAAUCAUUUAAGCUCAGAAGAAGAUGAUAGAAUUUUUAGAUUUUUAUUGCCUAACUUCAACUUGCUUCUAAAUAAAAGUAGUGGAUUUGAAGAAAAUAAAAGGGAUAUAUUAAAGGAAGAGAAAGACAUGAUUCGGUUAUUAAGAAACCUCAAAGCUUUGAUGAGAGCAACUAAUGGAGUAUGUCUUAUUUAGGUAGAUGAGGAUUAACUAUCAAAGCAUAUCAAUAGUAAUUUAUUCUUUUUGGCAGAUAUUGUAAUAAAAUUGACUUCAUUCAAAGAUCACUAGGAGAUGAAAAUUGGUGAGUAUGAUGGUACACUAAGGCUUUUGAAAUAACCAAAGCUCCAUGGAUUGAUUAGUAGCCUAAGUGAAUUUGAUGUCUAUGCUUUAAAGCUAAAAGGAAAGCAAUCUAUUACAGUCGAAAAGAUUCAUUUAGAGCCUGAAGAUGAUAGAACAGGUUAGGAUGAGAAUUUGUAAUAAAAAGGAGGUAAAAAAUCUAAUAAAAGUGCUGGGGUCGCUAGUGUUUAAUGUAAUCCGACCAAAAGUCAUCAAUUAGAUUUUUGA